CACUUCCUUGUAGCAGCAGGGUGGAGAUUUCUGAGGAGGCUGGUUUUUCUCACUCACUUUACCAGUGGCACAGUGCAGAAGGCAGAAGGAAUCACGACAGAGCUGGAAGCUGAUUGAACUCUUACUAGCCUCUCAACUAGGAGCAAAAAGAAUGCUUUACACUGAGUUACUACAGUUGUGGAAUGAGUCGGUGGAGGCAGUGGACGCCAGGGAUUGGCAAGGAUCUCUGGCUAAACUGGAGCAGAUCACUGAACCCACGUCUCGCACUCUGUUCAACACUGCCUCAGCUCACCUGGCUCUGGGACAACUAGACCUGGCCUUGAAGGCUUUAGACCUCACCAUUGCCAAGGAUGAACGCCUUGCUGUUGCCUUCUUCCAGAGAUCAGCACUGAUGAUGCAGAUUGACAGGUUGGAAGAGGCUCUGUCAGACUGUAUCUGGGCACAGAAGCACAUGAGAGGAAACGUGGUCAUUGACUACAGACAGCUGGGACUGCGAUUCAAACUCUUCAGCUGGCAGGUGUUAUAUAAUGCAGCAGUUGUGUACUGUUACAUGGGCCAGUGGGAGCAGGCCAAGGAGGUCCUGCUGUCAGCUUCCCAGGAGAAAGGAGGAGGUCGAGGUGCAAACAUAGAGAUGGCUUUGGAAAGCGUCCUGAGGGAGGAGAUCCCGACUCCUCUUUUGGUGCCUGAGGGUGUGGUGUUUCGUCCCAGGAAACAGGAUGUGGAGCAGCUGCAGCAAAGAGACUUCCUGGGCAAAGCUAAGGUGAUUUCCUCCAUGAUCCCCAAUGAUGAUUUUGGAGGAUUUGAACCUCUGAGGAUGCAGAAACCUGGUUACUACGAGCCCAAGGUUGAUGGAGCUCAAGAUUCUCGAUACAUGCGCAUGCGGAUCCCUUACAUGGCUCGGAGUCCAGGAGAGCUGACUGUGCCAGGAGGGGCCAUGGUGUUUUUAUUUGGUGAAGAGGACAGAAAUGGAAUGGCAACUGUCAUAUAUGAUGGACAGAGAGGACUUUUGCCAGUGUCCCUGGUUGAUCCUGCAGAUGUCAAGGCAUCUAAAGGCAAAAAGGAAAAGACAGUUCCCAGUGGAAUCCCUCUGCCACCGGGACUCAAGCCACCCACUCGCCCAAAAACCCAGCACAGCUCUGCAGCUCCUCCUCGGGUUAAAGUAUCUUCUUCUUUAGAGACUCCACCUCCAUCCUACAUUUCUGCCACCCACCCACCGCUGACAUCCUCAGAGCCUCCAAAGUACACAGCCAACGUCCAGUAUGCAGAUCAAGGUGCAGAUCAAGGAGCAGAGGCAGCCUCUGUGGUGGUGAAGGUCCACUACAGGUACACUGUGGCUCUGUCCAUCCCCCUGGACACACCGUACCAUGAAAUAAAGGAACAAAUUGCACAGAAAUUGGGACAGCCAGCAUCUAACUUGCGCCUCAGACAUAAGCAGCAUGGCACCCGGGUUCUAAUACCUCUGGCUGGGGAGGUGGAGCCAGGCAGCACCAUACAAGAGGUGGCUGAGGCCGGCAGAGUCACCCUUUGGUGUCAGACAGAAGACCCUCUUGUCAACCGUACCAUCCUCUAUCAGAUGGUGGCACUGUAUGACUACACUGCUCAGGGCCCAGAGGAUCUGGAGUUCAGCGAAGGAGACACCAUUGACAUCCUGGGUGAAGUUAAUGAGGAGUGGCUGGAGGGACACUGCGCUGGAAGUAUCGGCAUCUUCCCCAGUUGCUUUGCCUACAAGGAGAACGCCAACAUUACAGAGACGCUGGAGUGAUCAAAGCAGACCUUACUGUGAAGUCGUCUCUAAUAAACUUAUUAACUUGUGAAUGGUUGCUGUUUACAGAUUCAGAACAAUCUAACUACAUGCUUAUAGGUGUACGCCGUGCACAGACUUUAUCAUGCUUGAAAAAUAUUUCUUUCUCAUAUCCCUGUCAUGCUGCUAUAGUGGUUUAAGGUUUGUCUCUGGUACUGAAGAGUAACUUUAUAUUACACCUACUGUACUUUCUCUGUUUUCUGAUUGAAAUCGCUAGAAUACGCCUGUUGUAUCUUAUAAUAUUCAAAUGAGGGUUUAUGGAGACCUAAAUGAACUUUAUGACAUUUUUGUUGUGGUCAGCAUUAUGUUCUUGUAAUGUUUCUACAGGGUUAUAAUGAUCCUGGUCUGGCAAUUUUAAAGUAUUUGCUCUGUACAAUAGAGACUAAUAUUAUAAAGUACUGACAUGUUCAUAUGUAGAGGGCAGAACCUGAAUUUUAGAAAGAUCAUUACGCCACUUAGGGAAUUUAGAAUAGACACCAAAAAGGUAUUUUUUCUUGUUAUUCCUUAUUUCAAUUUUUCAGAUGUAAUUAUUCAUUUCAACUCCUUUUAUAAAGCUCUAAAUGCUGUCCUUUAUAAACUGGUGGAUAAAUACUGAA